AUGGAUGCAGACUUGGAGGUGCAUAAUGGGCAGGAGUCUGACCUGGAAGAGAGAUACCCCAAUCGCCCACGUAAUCAUUCGGAUACGCUGCCCUUUCACGACCUAUUCCAGACACUCUUCCGUCCGUUGAGUGAGAUAAAAAAGAAGCCCGCGGGACCCCCUGGCAACCGUCGAAAAACUGGACCGCAUGGUCAAUCGGCUGCGAACCUCAAUCCAUUCGAACGACGGCGCGAUGUGAUUGAUCGUUUUAUUUCGCGAUGGCGAAAAGAAGUUGGCGACGACAUAUACCCUGCCUUUCGUCUGAUUCUUCCAGACAAAGACCGCGACCGGGCAAUGUAUGGGAUUAAGGAGAAAAUGAUAGGGAAAAUGCUUGUGAAAAUCAUGAAAAUCGACAAAAACUCCGAAGAUGGGUUCAAUUUGCUCAACUGGAAGCUGCCUGGACAGGCGGCUGCUUCGAGCAUGGCGGGUGACUUCGCUGGAAGGUGCUAUGAUGUUCUUUCGAAACGGCCCAUGCGGACAGACGUGGGAAGCAUGUUGAUCGAGGAAGUCAAUGAGAAGCUCGAUCAGCUCUCUACUGCGUCAAAGGAGGAACAGCAGUUACCCAUACUCGCUGACUUCUACCGGCGCAUGAACCCCGAGGAACUCAUGUGGCUGAUUCGGAUCAUUCUCAGGCAAAUGAAAGUCGGUGCGACAGAGAGGACGUUCUUCGAUGUCUGGCACCCUGAUGCAGAGAGUCUCUACAGUAUCUCGAGUAGUCUCCGUCGGGUCUGCUGGGAGCUUCACGAUCCUAACAUUCGGCUUGACGCGGAGGAACGGGGUGUUUCACUGAUGCAGUGUUUCCAACCGCAGCUGGCUCAGUUCCAGAUGCAGUCGCUCGACCGCAUGAUUGGCCGCAUGAGGCCGACGGAAGAUGACCCUGUUUUCUGGAUUGAGGAGAAGCUGGACGGAGAGCGCAUGCAGCUCCAUAUGACGUCCGACGCUUCUGUACCAGGAGGUAGGAAGUUCCGGUUCUGGUCACGCAAAGCCAAAGACUACACAUAUCUAUAUGGGAAUGGGGUGUAUGACGAGGCUGGUUCCUUGAGUAGGCACCUCGAAGAAGCAUUCGCCGACGGCGUCGACAACCUGAUUUUAGAUGGUGAAAUGAUCACGUGGAAUACUGAGCAAGACGCACCCGAACCAUUUGGUACGCUCAAGUCCGCUGCACUAUCUGAGCAACGAAACCCUUUCUCCCAAGGAAUCCAUCCGCUUCUUCGUGUCUUCGACAUACUUUAUCUCAACGGUAGGGACUUGACAAGGUACACCCUCCGUGACCGUCGGAAUGCUUUGCAGAAAGUUAUAAAGCCUGUACACCGACGCUUUGAGAUACAUUCGUUCGAGGAGGCUACAACAAAGACAGAGGUUGAGGCUUCCCUUAGGAGAGUCGUCGCAGAAGCUUCUGAAGGUUUAGUUCUCAAGAACCCUAGGUCUCCGUAUCGACUCAAUGAACGGCAUGACGACUGGAUGAAAGUGAAACCCGAAUACAUGACCGAGUUUGGAGAGUCUCUUGAUCUCAUUGUGAUUGGGGGUUACUAUGGUUCUGGGCAUCGAGGUGGCAACCUUUCGAGUUUUUUGUGUGGUCUGAGGGUUGACGAGGGGCAAGCUUCGCAAGGGUCACACCCAACAAAGUGCUACUCUUUUUGCAAAGUUGGCGGAGGCUUCACUGCUGCGGACUAUGCGAACAUUCGACACCACACGGACGGCAAGUGGGUUGAGUUUAACCCCAAAAAGCCACCCACGGCGUAUAUGGAGCUUGCAGGUGGUGAUGCCCAGUACGAGCGGCCGGAUAUGUGGAUUAAGCCCGAAGACUCCGUGGUGCUGUGCGUCAAGGCCGCCUCUGUGUCGGCCAGUGAUCAGUUCAAGAUUGGUUUAACACUCCGAUUCCCACGUUUUAAGCGCCUACGCAUGGACAAAGAUUGGAAGAGCGCACUAUCCGUGCAGGAGUUCAUGAAUCUCAAGUCCAGCGUCGAGCAGGAACAACAACAGAAAGAGUUUAACGUGGAAAACUUCCGCAAAAAGCGCGUAAAGAGGACAACCAAAAAGCCGCUUGCGAUAGCCGGCUACGAUGAGAACGCAGAAGUCAAAUACGCCGGUCCCUCUGGGCAUAUAUUUGAUGGCCUCAACUUUUUUGUCCUUACCGAUGCGAAUGUUCCAGUCAAGAAGUCCAAGGCUGAAUUGGAGAGCCUUGUCAAAGCCAACGGUGGCAAAUUCUACCAGACGAAUACCGCGGCUCCACAUACGAUUUGCAUUGCAGACAGAAGAACGGUGAAAGCAGCCUCUUUGCAGAAAGCUGGCAACACCGACAUCAUCCGCCCGUCCUGGGUCCUUGAUUGUAUCCGACAAAAUGAAAUCGACGCUGGUCUUCCGGACUUGCUUCUUCCGUUUGAGCCCAGGCACAUGUUCUUCACCACCAAGGACAAGGGGGAAGUUGUUGCGGGGAACAUUGACCAGUUCAAUGACAGUUAUGCACGAGAUACCACCGUUGAAGAACUGCAGGGUCUCCUCACCCAGAUGGGCAAGGGCCACAAAGGCAACAGAACCGCUAAUCAUGAAGCCAUUGAGAAGCUAACAGAGAGCAUCCAAGAGCGAACCGAUGCUGGAUGGACACUGCCACUCGGGUGGCUAUUCAAGGGCUUCACUCUGCACUUCGUCAAGGAGGGCGAUGGCGGAUUGAGCUCAGUGUUCCCUACUCAAGCUGCUAGAAACGUCGCGAGAUUUGCAGGUGCAGUCGUCACAGAGUCGCUAAAGAGCUCGUCAAUCACUCACGUCGUCGUAAAUCCGGAGACCCCAGCCUCGGACUUGUCCAGCAUCCGUCAGACGUUGUCGACACGGAAGAAGGUUCCACACAUUGUCACUAUUGCCUGGAUUGAAGAAAGCUGGAAGGAAAAGACCAUUCUGGAUGAAGAGCGGUUCCAACCGUCCAGCAGAUCCUGA